ACCAACGUUGGGGGGGUUGUUGGCGUUAUUUUUUUACUGUGACACACAUGGUUUCCAUUCUGAGAACGUUGUCGACAAUAACAUCAUCCAUAUUACCCAGAGCAUCUAUCUCCAAAUUCAUGGCUUCUUCUACAAACGUCAACAUUGGAGGAUCUCAGAGGCUCUUGGCCUUAGCACAGCACCUUCGCCAGUACAAGCCACCUCCUUUCCCUGAAGAUAUUGUGGAGCAAAGCAUUGAAGAAAUUGGUAACAAGGUUGUUUCCCUAGUGGGUUUUCCAGAAUCAGCCACCCCAAUUGCUCAAAACCCAGAAAAAUUCAGACCCACAAAAGCUGCGGUUUUGAUCUGCCUCUUCGAAGGGGAUGAUGGGGAUCUAAGGGUCAUACUCACUAAGCGAUCCUCUAGGCUUUCUACUCACUCGGGUGAAGUGGCCUUGCCUGGUGGGAAAGCUGAGGAGGGGGAUAAGGAUGAUGGGGACACUGCAAAAAGAGAGGCAAAGGAGGAAAUUGGGUUGGACCCAGAACUUGUCAAUGUUGUUACUGUUCUUGAACCGUUCUUGUCUAAGCACCUGCUAAGAGUAGUUCCAGUUAUUGGCAUACUUCAUGACAAGAAGGCAUUCAAACCUGUUCUGAAUCCUGCUGAAGUGGAGGCAGUAUUUGAUGCACCUUUGGAAAUGUUUCUCAAGGAUGAAAAUCGGAGUCAGGAGGAGAGAGAGUGGAUGGGAGAGAAGUAUUUGAUACAUCACUUCGACUACAAUGUUGAGCAUAAAAGAUACCUCAUAUGGGGUUUAACGGCUGGGAUCUUGAUUAGAGCAGCAUCAGUUGUGUACCAACAACCACCAGCUUUCAUGGAACAGAAUCCUAAAUUCAAGGUUCCACAGGUUGUAUCCAACGAUACUGUCAUGCGUUGAGUUCAAUGUUCAGUGUACUUUGUCCGUGACAUUUGUUAUUCACGGUGCAAAAAUAUUCAUAAAUAGAAUCCAUAGCAACUGUUUAUAGAAAAAGGUACUGUCCCAUCACUAGAAUUCAUAUUCCUGCUCACCGAUUGCCAUCAUAAAGUUGAUAGAGUUGCGGACAUUGCAUUUGUUAAAAGAGUGCCAACGAGUCGUAGAAGCAUUUGCUGACUAGUAACUUGUUUUACCUCAGUUCUUUAGGUCAGUUUGGCCUUUGUCCUCCCAAAAAUAUUUCAUGGGUGGCAGGGCCCUAUCAAAAAAUAUGUUUGGU